AUGGCGAAUCCGGCUCGUGAUGGCUAUCAAGAGUUUGAGAAUGAGCCUGAGCAGCCUGGGGAAGAAACCGGAGCUUCGCGACCAGCGAGAAAUCUUCCAGCCGAAGAUACCUCGCUGUUUCAGGACAGAGUGUUGACGGAAAACUCAUUGACACCGGAUCAAGCAUUUAUCCAUAUGGUGAAAGCCAUGCUCGGAACAGGACUAUUAUCUCUACCGCUAGCUUUUAAACAUUCGGGAUUAUUCCUCGGCCUAUUCCUCACCAUCGUUAUCUGUCUCGUCUGCCUCUACUGCAUGCGUCAAGUGGUGUUCGCCGCGCAUUUUGUGUGCAACAGAAAUGGACGCGAUCUCAUCGAUUACGCGAACAUCAUGCGCGGUGCCGUUGAAAUGGGACCGCCAUGGAUUCGACGACGAGGCUACUUCUUCAAACAACUCGUCAAUGUGAAUAUGUUCAUUUCACAACUCGGAUUCUGUUGUGUAUAUUUUGUAUUUAUGGCCGAUAAUUUGGAAGACUUUUUUAACAAUAAUACUUCUCUUCAUUUGUCCAAAGCUGUCUGGAUGCUUCUCCUUCUCAUUCCAAUGCUCGCCGUCUGCUCGAUUCGUCGCCUCUCGAUUUUGGCGCCAUUCGCAAUGGCGGCGAAUGUGGUGUACGUGAUUGCCGUCGCCAUUGUUCUCAUCUACUUCGUCUCCGAUUUGCGUCCGGUUUCCUCUCUACCAUGGUUCGGAAAAUUGGCCGAUUUGCCGCUAUUCUUCGGAACUGUCAUGUUUGCGUUUGAAGGCGUCGCUGUGAUAAUGCCAAUCGAAAAUCGAAUGGCUUCGCCGACGUCGUUCAUCGCCUGGAAUGGUGUUCUGAACUCAUCGUGCCUCGUCGUGCUCGCCAUAUUUUCAGUGACCGGCUUCUACGGCUACUUGUCGCUUGGCGAUGAGGUCAAAGACACGGCGACGCUCAAUUUGCCAAUGACACCAUUCUAUCAGACCAUCAAAUUGAUGUUCGUCGCGUGCAUUAUGAUCUCAUAUCCGCUUCAGUUUUAUGUGCCGAUGGAAAGAGUUGAGAAAUGGAUUACAAGAAAGAUUCCUGUUCAUAAGCAGACAUUCUACAUCUACGCGAGUCGCUAUCUCGGUGUUUUCCUCACAUGCGCCGUUGCUGAGCUCAUUCCGCAUUUGGCGUUGUUCAUCUCGCUGAUCGGCGCGUUCUCCGGCGCCUCGAUGGCGUUGUUGUUUCCGCCGUGCAUCGAACUAUUGACCGCCUAUGCGAAAAGCACAUUGUCGAGCAGCAUGUGGCUCAAAAACGCGUUUCUUCUUGCGUUCGCGACCAUCGGAUUCACCACCGGAACCUAUAGUGCGCUCGUCGAAAUCGGAAAAACCUUCGGAUAA